AUGCAUUCACUUAUUUCACUUUUCGUUCUGGCACUCCCUCUCACUUCCGCGCACCCACAGGGUUUGACUGAAAGAGACGGCCCGGCUGCUGGUAAUAUUAUCUCGUCUUGUGUAGCGCCAAAUACAAUUGCUUUGACUUUCGACGACGGGCCAUGGCAAUAUGAGAAAGACAUCGUCGCCACUCUCAACGCUGCCGGUGUGAAGGGGACAUUCUUUGUCACCGGCACUCUAUACAACUGCAUAUACUCUCAAGCGGCCCAGCUAAAUGCUACAUUCAACGCGGGUCAUCAAAUUGGAUCUCACACCUGGUCUCACGCCGAUCUUUCGACAAAGUCUGCCGCUGAUGUCAAGCUUGAGAUGACCAAGUUGGAGACUGCCUUUGCAAAUAUCUUGGGCGUCAAGCCGACCUACAUGCGGCCACCAAAUGGGAACUCUGGGGGACAGGCUGUCAGUGUUUUGAAGAGCUUGGGUUAUAGAAUUGUCAAGUGGGAUAUUGAUUCGGGAGAUUGGAACAAGCAAACACCAGCGUCUUCCCUACAGAAGUUUACAUCUUCCGGUGCAGGGUCGCAUAUUCCUUUGAUGCACGAGACUAUUCCUACCACGUCUACAACUCUUUUACCGUCGGUUAUCAAGUGGGCGAAAGGUAAGGGAUUGAACAUGGUAACUGUAGCAGAAUGUCUUGGUGACCCGAAUGGAGCAUACACCACACCCGUUGCGAAAACUGGGGCAAAGACCUGUUGA